UAUACUCCAGUCUGGGUAGGGGGCGGUAAUGCAACAUUUAUUGGAUGCCAAUUGCGUAUUACGGAUGCGAUAAAUUGACUUAACUUCGAAGGUUGGAAUAGACAGCAACAGGUAGCCGAUCAGAGGGUCUUCAGCAUUUAACCGGAUCGUUCGACAGAGGACGAAUUUACCAUGUCCUCCAACAACAAUUUUUCAUCAUUUGAUGAUGAGACUGAAUCAAAAUUUAUGAGGAAAGCAAAGGAGUCGCCGUUUGUCCCAAUAGGCAUGGCAGGAUGUGCUGCAGUGGUAGCCUUUGGUCUGUGGAGGCUGAAGUCACGGGGGAACACAAAGAUGUCAGUCCACCUCAUCCAUAUGCGUGUUGGAGCUCAAGGCUUUAUAGUAGGCGCAAUGACAUUAGGGGUGAUCUACUCCAUGUACAAAGAAUACAGUGCCCACAAGGACCUGGGUAAAGACAGCAAGUGAGCCUACCAGCCAAUCAGCAACUGGCUUGACCAGAGAACGCAUCAAGCCUGCCAUUCCUGCAUUGUACUUUUUGAAAUAGAAGUCCUAGAAUGGAUCAUAUCUGUCAAAGUAACAUUCCAUUGAUGGCAAGUCAUUUAUACUGAACAAACAUAUGAAUGCAACAAUUUCAAAGAUUUUACUGAGUUACAGUUCAUAUAAGGAAAUCAGUCAAUUGAAAUAAAUUAAUGAGGCCCACAUCUAUAGAUUACACAUGACUGUGCAGGGGUGCAGCCAUGGGUGGGCCUGGGAGGGCAUAGGCCCACCCAUUGGGGAGCCAGGCCCAGCCAAUCAGAAUUAGUUUUUUCCCACAAAAGGGCAUUUAUUGCAUGUGCCCUCAACUUGACACAUCUGUGGCAUUGUGUUGUGCCAAAACUGCACAUUUUAGUGGCCUUUUGUCCCCAGCACGAGGUGCACCUGUGUAAUGAUCAUGCUGUUUAAUCAGCUUCUUGAUAUGCCACACCUGUCAGGUGGCUGGAUUAUCUUGGCAAGUGAGAAAUGCUCACUAACAGGGAUGUAAACAAAUUUGUGCCCACAAUGAGAGAAUGCUUUUGCUUAUGGAACAUUUCUGGGAUCUUUUAUUUUUGCUCAUCAAACUUGGGACCAACAAUUUACAUGUUGCGUUUAUAUUUUUCUGUAUAUUUUGGAUGAGGUUGUCUUUUUUUGUUUAGUAGCAUUUCAAUCUGGCAUUCACUUUGAAAAAGUAUAUACAUGUCAGGUAAUUGGCCAGCACAUCCAUUGUGUGUUCUGUUUAUCAUUCUCUCUGCUAGACAGCUGCUGUAAACCACUAGUAAAAUAUCACCUUUUAGGUAACUAAACCCAUAGACUACUAUAGUUAAUCCAUACACUGAACCUAGCCAUGAAGAGUUAAUUGUGUGUGUAUAUAGCUUAUUUACUUUGACAUGUGAGUGAGUGAUUUAAAAAUAUAUAUAUAUAUUCUACAUGAACAGGUACAGAAGUAGGUUGUACUUUCAAUUAACUAUCCACACACUAACUUGUCUAACGAGAAGUAUUGGCAAAAAAACUUAUCGAGCUCAGGGGCUCACUCUGUCCAGCCUCACUGUUCAUGAGUUUGUACUUUGAAAAAUAUUUUUUUUGAGCAUAAUUUGUACUUUUAUUCAUACAAAAUGUAUGGUAUCAACAAAACUUGUAACAUCCAAACUGUUACUUUGGUUUUCCUUAAAAAUAUCUACUUGACAAAUUACAAGUACUGACCUGGCUUUCUACAGUACAUAAAAUCAGUUUAACUAUAUACCUUACAGUGGAUGAUUCCUGUUAGAAUGACAUAAAACAAUCCAGAGUAAUAACUUGACUAAAGUGGUGGCCAUGCACAUGCAGAGACCUUAUAUUUAUGCUCUACACUCAAUGUCAGUAGAUGGAAACAACAUUGAUCACUAUUGUGUCAUGGUUGAUUCAUAUUGUCAUCAGGAACUGUAUUUAGCAGUGACACUGACUUCAGACAGCACCAAGCAGCAGAAAAGGUCUACAUCUUUCAUUUGUUAUGGGCUUUGGAGACAACUUACACUUCAAUGGGUAGAGUUUUGUACAAACAAAAACAAUGGCUUUCACAGAAAGGUUAGUAUCACAUUGUCCUUUCCCUUAAAUGAUCCUCAGGUAAUGGGAUAAUUUGGGCAUGACGGGGGCUUUGAUGCCUUUCACUGUAAAGCCAAAGCAACAUGUUUACUGAGGUGCUUUGACCAAAAUAGCAGGAAAUUAGUAAAAGUGUCAAAUUAUACAACAGAUUUUCAAUGAGUACUCCCAAUAUAUCUAUUUGUGCCUUGGGUGUGAAAUUGCAUUUGUUAAAAUGUAUAAUUAUUUUGAGCGCCCCUGUCCCAGUUUAAGCAGGGCAGUGGGUGCAUAUGCAUGCAUAUCUUUUGAAAAUAAAUAAAGAUGGUGGCCAAUAUA